UCCGCUGUUCUCUGGGUUUGCUGUUGUGGGGAGGGUGUUCUUGGGCGUCUGUGGGAGAUUUUGAGAGUGGCCCUGGGAACCCCCCCCUCCCCCGUUGUGCUUUAUCAAGGGGAGGUUUGUGGUAGCUGUGGCAGUUGGGGGUUGGGGUUAUUCCCCCCCCCCGGCUUCGUUGGCUAGGUGGCUGCUUCAGCUUUAUCUCAGCGCUAUUGCAGCCUGCAGCUGGGGUGAGGAAUUUUGCCAGCCUUGCUUGUUUGGGCAUUGAAUUUGGGCAUUCUUAAACGCCAGCUAUAUAUAGGCUGCUUUGGCUUCUUCCAGAGCUAUUACUGGCUGCAGCUGGGGUGAGGAAUUGUGCCAGCCUCACUUGUUUGGGCAUUGAAUUUGGCUUUAUUAAACGCCAUCUAUAUAGACAUAGAUAUUUGGCCCAGGGGAAGCCCCCUGGUGGCCAUUUUACACGGCAUUCUGUUUGGUGUCCAUUUUGCCUGGCAAGCAGCAUAGCCCAGUCUAAUCUAAUUUGUCAGACCUCAGAAGCUAAGCGGGGCCAGCCCGGGUUAGUGCUUGGAGGGAGGCCGGGUUUCAUUGGCAGAGGAAGGGAAUAGUAGACCACCUCUGUUUAUCCUUGGGUACAGGUAUACGUAGGUUUUAGAGCCACGAUGCCUAAAGGAAAGGCCAAAGGCCCAUCUAAGGGCAAGCAGGCUGCCAAAAAGCCUGCUGCAAAGCGUGUGGUUCCAGCUUUGUCUUCCUCAGAUGAGGAGGAUGGGGGUGUGCCUAUUUCCCAGAUUUUGGCACGCAUUGCAGCGCUGGAGAAAGCCAGGAGCGUUCCUCCUGCAACAUCAGGGGGGACAGUACGUCAGAAAUCCAGUCGGCUAGCCACAAAGUCGGCUUUUCGACGCGAUAUACUCACACGUCUUUCUGCCCUUGAGGAGUCUGCAGGUGUGACGGCUGGCUCGUCGAGCGGUGAUGUCCAGGCGGCUGGUGAGGUUUUGGAGGUCCAAGAAGCCAGUGGUACUGAACAGGCCUGGGCGGAAGAAGGUGGGCCGCUUGCAUUGGCUGUGGAACCUCCAGUGGCUGAAUCCGCUGAAGAUACUGGUAAGAACACUUCCACACCACAGAAUUAUUCAUGGCCUUGGGGGCCUUGGCCUCAAGGAGUUCCCUCUACACUGCCUGGCCAUUCACAGGCACUUGGUUCUCAGGCUGGAUCCUCUCAGGCCUUGGCCACGGCCACUGUUCAUUCACCAUGGAGUCAGCCUAAUAAUUGGGGACAGUUUGGGGCCGCAGCACCUUCUGGCCAUGGACAGUCUUUAGGAUCUCAGGUUAAUUGGUAUGGGGGUGUCCCUCAUGGGGCUUCUGGGCAGCCUGCAGUAUGGCAGGCUUAUCCCCCGGGUGGUUGGAACCCUCAAAUUGGGACGGUGAGUUAUGGUAUGGUCCCCUUUAAUGCAUUGCCAUUUGGCGAUACGGCUCUUCCCUUGGGAGAUCAUUUAACUCAAGCCACUAGGGAGAAAAUCCUACGUGGUGAAUAUGUAGACAUCUUUACCCUUCUCUUUAGGGAACUAGAGAAGAAGGAUAAGGAAGAUUUAGAUGAGCGUGAUAAAGAAAAGCUGAAGCGUAGAAAGGUGGAUAGGAAUUGGCAUAAUUGGCUGCCUGGAAUGUUCAUUUAUGCGGGUGUCAUUGCUCGGGCGCAGCCCUGGCGGGCAGCUCCGCUUUUUCAAUAUAUGGAUAUUAUUUACAAGGGCUAUACGGAGUUCUCGGGCACAGCCUGGAUGCAAUAUGACGAGGAGUUCCGUAUGAGGGCGGCCCUCAACCCAGCUAUGCAGUGGGACCGCAUUCACCAGCAGCUGUGGCUGCAGGGUUUUGAGUUCGGUUUUCGAAUUCCGUUCCGUGGCAAUAGGGUCCCCUUCAUGUCCCCCAACUUGAAGUCUGUGGUGGGUAUGGAGGAAGUGGUACGGGCAAAAAUUGCCAAGGAAUGUGCGGAGGGCCGGGUGUUGGGCCCAUUUCCCUCCCCCCCAGUUCCUUGCUUGCGGGUUUCUCCGCUGGGUGUGGUGCCCAAAAAGGCAGCUGGUGAGUUCCGUCUGAUCCACCACCUGUCUUAUCCCAGAGGUAGCUCGGUUAACGAUGCCAUUCCAGAGCAUCUUUGUUCAGUGCGCUACACUUCAUUUGACCAGGCGGUCAAGGUGGUGCGGCGAUGUGGGGUAGGUGCGGAGAUGGCGAAGUGCGACAUUAAGUCGGCUUUUCGCCUUCUACCGGUUCACCCCGACGACUUCGAGCUCCUGGGAUUCUCCUUUGAGGGUCAGUUUUACAUGGAUAGGGCGCUCCCUAUGGGCUGCUCUAUUUCAUGUGCUUCGUUUGAGCGGUUUAGCUCGUUCCUUGAGUGGGCAUUGAAGCAUCGGUUGCGAUGCUUUGAUGCCUGUCAUUAUUUAGAUGAUUACCUUUUCGUGGGACCGGAGGGAUCAGGACAGUGUGCCCGUUUAUUAGCGGGCUUUAUUGCCCUAGCUGAGGAACUGGGGGUCCCCUUAGCCCAUGAAAAGACAGAGGGUCCAGUUACUGUUUUGACCUUUCUGGGCAUUGAGUUAGACACUAGGCAGCAAGCUUCCCGUUUGCCUAUGGAGAAACUACGGGACUUGCGUGCCCGUCUGGCAUCGUUCCAGGGGAAACGUAAAGUUUCUCUCUUGGAGCUUCAGCAACUAGUAGGGCAUUUGAAUUUUGCCUGUCGUGUGGUUGCUCCGGGAAGGGCAUUUCUUAGACGCCUGUGUGAGGCAAUGAGUAAGGCCAGUAAGCCUAAUCAUAGAAUACGUAUUACUAGAGACAUGCGGGCGGAUAUACAAGUCUGGGAGGACUUCUUGGGCUCGUUUAAUGGCGUCUCUUUUUGGAGAGAGGAUGUGCUGCUUGAAGCAGAGCUUCAGGUUACUUCAGAUGCAUCCGGGUCUACUGGUUUUGGUGUAUAUUUUCGUGGGCACUGGUGUGCGGAGCAGUGGCCUGCGGAGUGGGCAGGUCAGGGGCUCACCAGAGACCUGACAUUCCUUGAGUUCUUUCCCAUCCUUGUAGCGGUUUGUUUGUGGGGGAAGGACCUUGCGAACCACUCUGUGCACUUUUGGUGCGAUAAUAUGGCUGUGGUCCAAGUUGUUAACUCCCUUUCAUCCAAAUCACGCAGGGUAAUGAGGUUAGUCAGGGUUUUUACACUGCAGUGUUUGCGAUUGAAUAUACUGUUUAGAGCAAAGCACGUCCCAGGGGUGAGCAACUGCAUCGCGGACGCUUUGUCUCGCUUGCAGAUGGCGCGAUUUCGACAGCUUGCCCCCGAAGCCGAUUUGCAGCCGGCUCUGAUGCCGCAAUUUCUGUGGCAGAUUGGAGAGCAGAAGCGUGCAGGGCCAUUUAGCAAUCGCCCCCAGUACUCAGAGAGCUUAUGACCGGGCGGUGCGACAGUUUGCUGCUUUUAGACAGGCGGCUGGUCUGCGGCAGGUAUGGCCAAUUCCAGCUGUUCACCUUAUGCAGUUUUGUGUCGACCGCAAAGGUAAGGGUCUGGCAGUCAAGUCAAUUCGGGGUCAGCUGGCAGCCUUAGCCUUUGCCAGUAGGGCUCGGGGCCUGUCUGAAGCCACUGGUGAUUUUCGGAUACGGAAAAUGUUGGAGGGGUGGUCCCGGGAAAAGGGAGCUCGGAAGGAUGAUAGAUUACCCAUUUCUCCUUCCGUUCUCCGGGGACUAAAUUCAGUCUGGGAAGAUGUUUGCCAUUCUAGUUUUGAGGUCCUUCUCUUCCACGCUGCUGCCUUGACGGCAUUUUUUGGAGCGCUGCGGGUGAGUGAGCUCGUCUCGCUUUCCGCUAGGGACACGUCGGGGCGAGCGCUGGUAAUGCAGGACCUUAAGUUUAAAGGCAAGGCAGCCAUACUUAGGGUUCGGCGUUCCAAAACUGAUCAAAGAGGUUUUGGGUGUGAGAUAACGCUUGGUCCUUGUGCAGAGCAGGAGUUGUGCCCUGUACGUGCCCUGCGUUUGUAUGUGCAAGCCCGGGGAGAGAGCCCGGGGGUCCUAUUCUGUCAUAGUGAUGGUAGACCCCUGACGAAAUAUCAAUUUUGGGCGGUGACUGGAAGAGCGCUUGGCAAAUUGGGUUUCUCGGGCGUCAGAUUUGCAACGCAUUCUUUUAGGAUUGGCGCUGCCUCCACGGCGGCGGCUAUGGGUUACCCUGGGCCGGAAAUACAGAAGGUUGGGCGUUGGCGUUCAUCCGCGUACCGGUCAUAUAUUCGGCCGCUUCCUUAGGUUGAGCAUGUGGUUAAUGCUGUUCUUUCUUUUAGGUGUUGUGUCUCGCCGUGGGAGGCUUCGGAUCCUCAUCUGCGGGCACAGCAUGGUGUUUUGGGCGGCCCACCAAGCCAAGAGGACGCAGAUGGGGUCCCAACUGGGGCUCAGUGAGUGGGCCACGGUGGAAUGGCAGGGCCGGCGGGGCCUUAGGUGGCCUGGGUUGAUGCCGCUGCUGUUCAGGGAACGGAGGGGGCUCCCUCCUCAUAUCCUGGUCAUCCAUCUGGGUGGGAAUGACCUCGGUUUGAUCAAGGGCAAGGCCCUUUCCUUGCAGGCACAGGCAGAUUUGCAGCAGAUAUGCGUGGCAUGGCCUGGUGUCCUGAUUUUGUGGUCGGCGAUUUUGCCACGUCGUAAGUGGCGUGAAGGUCUUGACGCCCGGGGUAUGAAUGAGGCAAGACGCAGGGCUAAUAGUGCUCUUUUAAAAGCUCUGGGUAAUGGGUUGGGGAUUUAUUUGCCCCACCCCAGAAUACGGGCUGCUGCUGCCCACCUCUACAGGGGUGACGGAGUUCACCUCUCAGAGGCAGGUAACGAGCUUUUUCUCGAAGAUUUACGGCAAGGGCUCAGGAUGGCCAUAAGCCACCUGUGGGGAGCAAGGGCCUAAGCAGAGGCUUGGCCCUGCCCAUGGCAGGAUAGAGUUGAAAAAAGGGAGCGGGCCGGCGAGCACCCUUGGCAUAUCCCCACUAGGGGGAUUGCAGUCUGUCAGGAUUGGCUGGUGGGCUUCACGGCGACCAGCUGAGAGGGCAGACUGCUACUGGGACCCCCUAGGUUGAGUCCUUCACUCGGGCUGUAUGGCGGAGUGGUUGGAACUUCAAAGGGGAACCAUUUGCCUGGCCGGCCGGGUUGCAGCCAUGCGCUGUAUGGCUUGCACCCGGGGCAACGGGGCUCGCCCAGACAGGUCAGGGCAGCAGUCCUGGCGCGGACACCGGGCCUGACCUGUACCGCAGUUAGAUCCCUUGCCGUAUUUGCAGUUUGUUAAAUUGUUUAAUAAAGUGGCCCUUUUAAAUACCCAGAUACUUUGUCUGCCUCUUUAUUCCUGAAUGGGGGGGCAAUUCGGCCCUCCCAGCCGGCAGCCUGUGGCUGCUUAGGAUGGGGGCCGCGUUUGCAGCCCCGGAGGGAGAAAGCGGCUAUCCCGCUCCUUCCUGUUCGCGGGCUUUUGAAGGGGUGGAGCCAAGCCUUGGUGAGGCGGCUCUUCCCCUCCAGCCCCGCAGUUGAGGCUUGUGCGCUCGGCCCACCCACCCUCCCUUUACCAGUGCAGGAGAGCCGGUCGCUGGUUGCCAGGGCCAGGUAGGAAUUUUUUCUCCAUUCCCCUUAUUGGCUGAUGGGGAGAGGAGUUUUUUGCCUACCUUGCACUGCGUGCUGGGCUGGGGGUUAGUUUAUAGGUGGAGCCGUAAAUAGGUAAUCAUUUGGCAGGAUAGAGUUGAAAAAAGGGAGCGGGCCGGCGAGCACCCUUGGCAUAUCCCCACUAGGGGGAUUGCAGUCUGUCAGGAUUGGCUGGUGGGCUUCACGGCGACCAGCUGAGAGGGCAGACUGCUACUGGGACCCCCUAGGUUGAGUCCUUCACUCGGGCUGUAUGGCGGAGUGGUUGGAACUUCAAAGGGGAACCAUUUGCCUGGCCGGCCGGGUUGCAGCCAUGCGCUGUAUGGCUUGCACCCGGGGCAACGGGGCUCGCCCAGACAGGUCAGGGCAGCAGUCCUGGCGCGGACACCGGGCCUGACCUGUACCGCAGUUAGAUCCCUUGCCGUAUUUGCAGUUUGUUAAAUUGUUUAAUAAAGUGGCCCUUUUAAAUACCCAGAUACUUUG